ACUAGCCGCAGGAAAAGUUGCUCAAUGUUAAUGUUUGACAAGUAGGAAGAAGGUCCUUCGUUGCCAUAUCGAGCAGCGUUACACACACACAGCCACACUCUUUCAGUUCUCCUUCUACUCAAAGAGUUUGUUUGCUGCUUCGUAGAGGGAUUACAUAUUCAAAUCAAAGGGAGAUCGAAUGAAGGACAACCAUGGAGGUGCUGGUGCUAAUCGACUUUGAGAGCAACUCCGACGACGAGCUCACAGUGAAGGAGGGGGAUGUGGUCAAAAAUGUCACCAAGGCCAGUGAGGAAGGAUGGCUGCAUGGGGAGCUGAGAGGGAAGAAAGGCAUCUUUCCUGCCAACUUUGUCCAGGAGGUCCCAGUCUAUUUGAGAGGACAGAGCAAGAUGGAACCACGAAGCAUUAGAACAACGAGGAAGAAACCGACAAGAAAAUGUGAGGUACUGUUUCCCUACAGUCCCGUGAAUGAAGACGAAAUGGAGCUGGUUGCUGGUGAGACUAUAGAGAUCGUCAGGGAGAUUGAAGAUGGAUGGUGGAUGGGGGUGAAAAAUGGCAAACUAGGAGCAUUUCCAUCAAACUUUGUCAAAGAAAUUUUCAGUUCUCCCAAAGAUGUAAAAUACAAUGAGGGCAAGGCAAGACCAAAACUCAAUGACGCUGUGUUCAAUAAGGAGAUAACUCAGAGGGCAAGUGUUAGGAACAAAGCAAAAAAAUCUAUGGAGUGUUGCAAAGUCAUGUUUGACUACAAGGCCAAAACAGAGGAUGAGCUGGAGCUGAAAAAAGGAGAUGUUGUUAAGAUACUGAACAAGGAAACAGCAGAUGAAGGCUGGUGGGAGGGAGAGCUAAACGGCCGGUGCGGCUUCUUUCCUGAUAACUUUGUCAUGGUGAUUCCACCGAUAAACAGCUUGCAAACGGGGACCAUAAGCCAACCACCUGCACGCAACAACUCCAAGAAACUCUCAGUAAAGACAGAGGAAUCAGCAAUGGAGAAAGUCGGUCCAACAACAACAAAGACGAAUGAUAAACCAGAGCCUAAAGACCUAAGAAGCAAUCCUCCAACCAAAGUUAAGCUUCCACCCAUCAUCAAACCCAGCCCGCCUCCAGUCAAAGACAAGCCGAACAAGGUUUUACCAAAAACCAAUGGUGAUGUGGCUACUGUUCCACCGAAACAACCGGAGGAGAAGGAGACCGACGAGUUUGAUGGAUUGGAACUGCCGACUGAAAAGCUGAGCCAUCCCACAGCAAACAGAGCCAAACCUCCACAGAGGAGACCACCGUCAGGACUCCCCAUAGCAGCACAAAGCGCCACGGACCAGACAGAUGCAGAACCAAAAAAGUUUGAAACGGAGAUACCGGCUGGCUUGCAAAAGACAACAGAAAAUCUUUUGCCCACCCCUCCAAAGCCCGAUCUUCGACCCAAGACACCACCUCCAGUUCGACCAGCACCACCCAAAGUUCUCGUAGAUAACAAAACUGUGACCUUUAAAGACGAGCCAACGGUGGAGUGUCUGCAGGCUGAGAUCAAAGAGCUCAGGAUGACUUUGGAGCUGCUUGAGAAACGACAGGAGCGAGACAUGCAGGAAGUGAAAGAAGAACUGAGGGAUGAAAGAAACAAAAGACUAGCAUUGCAGGAGGAAGUGCAGAGUUUGAGAAUGAAGCAAUAAUCCCAACACAGACUGUGACUAAGCUGCUUGUCUGACACUGUGCCAUGCGAGCUCUUGGACUGCAAAUUUCAGAAAAUGAACAUUUUUUCUGACACUGAGAAAGUAAAAAAACAACAAAAAACCCUCCCUAAACAGUAUAGCUGGAGUUAAUAUCAAGCUACUCCUGUAAUGGAGUGAAAGAACCAGAUCCUCCAGAAGACCUUUAAGUAACAUGCUGUUUGAUAUUGGAAUGCCAUAAAUCUCAUACAGGUCCUCAGUUGGGUGCGCCUGGAAGCAAAUUACUGUUUUACAUGUUUUCUUUUUUGAUCGUCUUCUUUAUUACUUUUAUUGUGGAUUACAGGUUAGGCUAUUUUUAAUAUCAGAAUUUGUAAUAUAUGCAGCUGUACAUAGGAGGAAAUAUUGUUAAGUCUUUUACAAAGAGCUAAAGGAUAAUUUACAUCAUCAUAAUGGGCUUUGUUACCUGAAUGUCAAGUGAGAUACUACUGUCCAAACUAUGCCAUGUUAGUGAAUUUAUGCAAUGUAAUGUAAUGUUGCAAAGAUCCACUAGGGGGCCCUCUUUGUCUAUUUUUUUUAUUUUAUUUUUUUUUUACAUAAGGUGUUACGUUUUUCUGUGAUUGCUGGGAUUUAUGGAAAUGACCUGGCAAAGUAACCUCGCAUUAGAGAAGAAAAAAUAGAAGAAAAAAAUACAUUCUUCAUCCAAAACAGUAACUGUGUUAACAUUUAAGAUUUAAGCGAGUGGCUCAUGUUAAUGGAUAGUGCCUUAAGAGGGGGGAAAAAGGAAAAGAAAAGAAAUAAAACUGUGAUUUAAUGCACCAGGAGUUUGUGGUCAGUUUGUGUCAGAGAAACACUGACUCACUCUUAAAACACCAAAAGGUGACUCAUCAGUGGAUGCAGAACACAUGGGAGGAAAAUUAUUGAGAAAUUAUUACAUCCAUCGCAGGAACAGCUUUGGACAAUGCAGUCUUCA